UCCUACAAUACCUUUACAAGUUAAACAACUUUGUCCAAGCCUUCUAGCUCUUCAAUAGUAAGAUUAUUGAUUUAGAAUCAGUUUCCAAUACCAUCUAUUUGGUUAUAGUGUCGAUUAUUUUAGAAUUAUUUUAUUAGAAUAAGUCAUCAAAAAAUGGAGAGAAAAACAUCUCAAAUCCAACCUCCAACCUAUGGAGAUUUGAUCACUAUUCUUAGCAUUGACGGAGGUGGCAUUCGAGGAGUUAUUCCGGCUACCAUUCUCAGUUUUCUUGAAUCCCAACUUCAGGAGUUGGAUGGAAAAGAUGCAAGACUGGCAGAUUACUUUGACGUGAUUGCUGGAACGAGUACCGGUGGCCUUGUGACGGCCAUGCUAACGGCUCCCGACGAAAAUAAUCGUCCACUUUAUGCAGCCAAAGAUAUUACUCCAUUCUACUUAGAUCACUGUCCAAAGAUUUUCCCCCAAAAGAAGUGUGGUUGGUUUGCUUCUAUUGGAAACAUGCUGCAAGCUCUAGUAGGACCAAAAUAUGAUGGUAAGUACCUGCAUGAGGUUGUCAAGGAGAAGCUGAAAGAUACUCGUCUUAGCAACACUGUAACCAACGUUGUCAUUCCCACUUUUGAUAUCAAGAAAUUGCAACCUACCAUUUUCUCCACUUAUGAGACGAAACGAUCUGCAUGUUAUGAUGCAAAGAUGUCCGAUGUUUGUAUCAGUACUUCAGCAGCUCCAACUUAUCUUCCUGCUCAUUAUUUCAAAGUUGAAGAUGGCAAAGGCAAUGUUAGAGAACAUCAUCUCAUUGAUGGUGGCGUUGCUGCAAAUAAUCCUGGUUUGGUUGCACUAUCAGAAGUGAGCAAAGAAAUUUUAAAGGACAAUCCAGAUUUCUUCCCUAUAAAACCCAUGGAUUAUGGGCGUUUCCUUGUAAUAUCAAUAGGGACAGGAUCUGCAAAAUGUGAACAAAAAUAUAAUUCAUCCAUGGCAGGCAAAUGGGGUAUUGUUGAUUGGUUAUUUCACAAAGGUUCCACACCAUUAGUCGAAGUAUUCACACAGUCAAGUGCUGAUAUGGUGGAUUAUCAUAAUUCUGUUGUUUUUCAAGCUCUUCACUGUGAAAAUAGUUACCUUCGAAUUCAAGAUGAUGGAUUGAGUGGAACAGAAGCUUCAGUGGAUGUAGCUACAAAGGAAAAUUUGAAGAGGCUAGUGGAAAUAGGGACAAAUUUAUUGAAGAAGCCACUUUCAAGGGUAAAUUUGGAAACAGGUUUGACAGAACCAAUUCCUAAAGGAGGAAAUAACGAGGAAGCCCUUAAAAGGUUUGCAACAAUAUUGGUCAAUGAAAGAAGACUUCGUGAGUCAAGGUCGCCACUUGUCACGAAAGUCUCGAAGUAAUGCAGUCAUCAAGAAGAUCCUAAUUCCUACAUAGACAAAUUAAGUUUAAGUAAAUGUAAUAUAUAUUAUCAGUGUAAAUUUCCUAGCUAUAUUCCCGACGAAAUUUCUUAUUUUAGGAGGAAUAUUAGGUAUAGGGAAGUACUUUAUGAAAUUCGAUUUAUUUAUUUGUUGUACUAGUACUAGUGUAAAAUGUAUUCAUCAUCAUUCAUAUAUACACAUAUGUG